AUGGCCUCACCGUCUCCUAACAUCACCUUCCGCCUUCCUGGCCUAGGAUAUACCUUUCGGGCGCGACUCCUUGUGAACGAGAACCCCGACGUCGUCCAUCAGGUUCUGGGUCAGUUACCCCUCAAAAGCGUCCUGGGCCAUGUUGUCAUAGCAGGCGAGACCUUCUGGACUCCGACCCGGAUCGUGCACCUGGGCCGCAAUCACAUGGUCCAGCGGCAUAGAGGCGCCGUGUAUCUCAACGCCCCAGGCCAAUCCAUCUGCAUCACAUACGGCAAGAUCACAGAGAGUGCCAAGAUCAACAAGUUCGCCGAAGUGUUUGAGGAGGAUUUGCCCAAGCUGGAGGAAAUCGGGAAACUUGUCUACCAGCAGACGGUUGCGUUGCCCCGCCACACGCUCAUGGAAGUGCACAUCUCCAGCGAAUCUUGUCCCCGCCUCAAGGGACCUGAAAGUCACCCGGUGGCAACACUGCCUGCCUCGCCCAACGGCCACUGGCUCGAAGUCAAAGCCCUGAUAGAGAAGGAGAUCGAUCGCGUCUGGCUUGCGGAGCCGAUAGAGAUCCAGAAAAUCCGAUGGGGCGUGAUCGAUAGUGGUGCCGGCAGUGGAGAGCAGUAUUUCACGGUCCUCGUCCACUUAGAGGCGUACCUCAUGGUGGUGGGCGGGGAUGUGAUGAGCCGUUUCUUGAAAAUCGCUCAGUAUGAGGAGAUCCAGCUACCGGCUCUGAAUCGCAUCACGAAGGAGUUCCUAGUUGAGAACUUUGACCUGUUCGAGUUCAUGGCGGAUCUCGGGCUUGAAAGUAUGUUCCAGAUCGGCCAGUUGUAUUCGAACGCUCUGGAUACACUGGCUUCCAAGGAAGAAUACAUCCAGCUGACCGGUGCGAUGCAAACAUACAUUAAUCGGAUGCAUCGCUGGGCAUACUUCAUCUUCCCAUGGCACCUUGGGGUUGCGUUUCCACACCGCAAGCCGGCUGAGAUCCUUUCGUUCUCUAACGCCUUCGGGGUUACCCUUAAUUAG